CCUGGAGUUAAUGUCCAGCUGGGGGUCUGCGGAGACCGGAUCCGAGGUGCCACGGCCGGACGGGACUCUAAGAUGAAGUUAUGGGAUGUCGUGGCUGUCUGCCUGGUGCUGCUCCACACCGCGUCCGCCUUCCCGCUGCCCGCCGGUAAGAGGCCUCCCGAGGCGCCCGCCGAAGACCGCUCCCUCGGCCGCCGCCGCGCGCCCUUCGCGCUGAGCAGUGACUCAAAUAUGCCAGAGGACUACCCUGAUCAGUUUGACGAUGUCAUGGAUUUUAUUGAAGCUACCAUUCGAAGACUGAAAAGGUCACCAGAUAAACAAUUGGCCGUGCUUCCUCGGAGAGAGCGGCACCGGCAGGGGGCGGCCGCCAGCCCGGAGGGUGCCAGAGGGAAAGGCCGGCGUGGCCAGAAGGGCCGAAAUCGCGGCUGCGUCCUCACCGCCGUGCAUCUAAACGUCACCGACUUGGGUUUGGGCUACGAAACCAAGGAGGAACUCAUUUUUAGGUACUGCAGCGGCUCCUGCGAUGCAGCCGAAACAAUGUACGACAAAAUAUUAAAAAACUUAUCCAAAAGUAGAAGGCUGGUGAGUGACAAAGUCGGGCAGGCGUGUUGCAGACCCAUCGCCUUUGAUGACGACCUGUCCUUUUUAGAUGAUAACCUGGUUUACCAUAUUCUAAGAAAGCAUUCCGCUAAAAGGUGUGGAUGUAUCUGACUCCGGCUCCAGAGACCGCUGUGUAUUGCAUUCCUGCUACAGUGCAAAGAAAGGGACCAAGGUUCCCAGAAAAUGUUUGCCCAGAGUGGAAGAUGAGGACCAAGGAGGCGGAGGAGGAGGAAGUGGAGGCAGAGGAGGAGGAAGGCAGCCAUUGUGGGAGCCUGGUGGAGGGAGAUCCAGCUACAGAAGGCUGGACAGGAGAGAAAAGACAGCCGUCCGCCUUCUCCCGGAUGGCAGCUGACGUCACCGGAAGCUCAGGGCUGGUGUCCCUGGUUGGGUGUUGCCAUCGUUUCAUCUGAUACAGUCC